AUGAAUGUGUAUACUAAUGUUUAUGGUUAUAGUGUCACAUUUCAAUCGCAGACGACUCAAGUUCUUGUUGAAGACUUAUCUAGUGAGCAAACAUUUACAAAUAAUAAAUGUAAGUUAUGUGGUGUACAAGUAGAAGGACCCGAAAAUGACGUAUGCUAUUUAUGUUCAACGCAAAAAACUAUUCAAGAAGAACGACAAAAAGCAAAACAGGAACUUCAAAUUCAAGCAACGAGAAUGAAGCAUAUUUCCGAUUUAUCUCAUCCUGAAGCUGUAGUUGGAAUGACCGUGAGAGUUAAAAUACCUGAUGUUGACCGUGGUCGAGGAGAUGCUCGAUCAAUUCUAGCAAUAAUAUUAUCCAAAAAUUCUGACGAUUUUUUUCAAUUAGGGACACAUAGUGGAACAAUGAAAGGACUUUAUUCUAGAUCUCAAUUUAGUGUUUGCCCAGAAAAAAUAAUUUCUGAAGAAGAAGUUCCGGAAGAAAAAUUAAAAAACAAUGUCGCAUAA